AUGGGAAACAAAGUUUCUGCAGUAACAGGAGUCCGCUCUUCUAACUUCUUUGAGCCAGGAAACGCUGUAAACGAAAUUUGGGUUGGCGAUUUAGAGGUGGUAUCGCGGUUCCCUUUUGGCGAUUCAGACAUGGCACAGGCUGCUUGGCCCAAAAAUGACUACCCUAAGAUUCCAUGGCGUCCAUUCAUUAUCCCCCUUCGUGCUCUCUUCUCAACGGUUUUGAAAUCCCGAUCUCUCUCCGCGAUGGCAAGCCCUGAGUUCGGGUGGUUGGCUUCUUUGCGUACGUUCGCAGAUACUAAAAUGCUCUUGGUGUGCUGGGUUGUGAUGCAAAUUUUUGCCAUCCCCCUACUUAUGGUGCCGAUUGCUCUACACCUUGCUCCCCGCGAUAUCUCCACGUGCAUUGAUGAUGAUGUUGAUGAUACGUCGUCAUCUUUGCCUAUUCGACCCGAUGGUCGUGAUACAAGAUCGUUGGACGAUUCUCCACGGAACAGGAGAGAAACAACUUAUAUCCGUGCUUUGUUGGGUUCUGUUUUCCAUGUAUCCGGUGUACUCGUAGCUUACGGGUUCGAUCAUCGACUUGUCAUGGAUUCUCUUCGCCCCUCUGAGCCUUUGUCUGACCCAUCCGAGUUUGGUGUUUUUACCCCCGAUGAUCCUGGUGGACUGGACGCUUUUGCUGUAUAUGCAGCAGUGUCAAUGGCUUUAACUCUGAACUCAGCCUACUCAGUGUUCCGUCUGUGGUGGAAGUUCUUUAGAUUGAACCAUGACCCUGAGAAUGGAGAGCAAUAUAUGGGCAAAAUGGACCUGGCCAUUUUUCCUCCGCCCCCGGACUAUACAGAUGAGCAAGUAAUCACUCUCCUUUUGUGA